UGUGGGGAGGGAGAGAUUCCUGAGGAGCUCAGCUCCCCACUCUCUGAGCUCACCCUUGAGUGUCUGCCAGGGCCCCACCCCCUCCCACCCCCUCUACCCUCCUCCUUCCCAUCCCCUCCAUCACCCUCCAUGACCCAGCUCUGCCUACCCAGGCCCAAAGCCCUCCCAGCUCCACCCCCUGUCUCUCCCAGAGGCCUGGGUGCUGGGGAGGGGCCCAGUGGUGCAGCGCGUGCACAUGUGUCCUCCUGGGACCCUAGCCAGGCCCGGCUCCUGGACAGUGCCCUAGGGCUGGGGGCGCUGGGGCUGACAAUUCGUGCAAUCUUUUCCAUGGCCGGCCUGGCCCUGCUGCUGCUGCUGCUCCUCUGCUUCCUGGCCUUUGACCUGCUCCACAGGCCUGCAAGCCGCUCCCUGCCACAGCACAGACGUCUCAGCAGGGGCCAGAAUCAGGGGGCAGGCCUCCUCGCCUCCAUCCUGGGCUGGAGAGCAGGUGGGGCAGGGCGAGAAGACUUCCUUAUUCCCAGCCUCAACCUCAAGGACCUGCGGCCUCCUACCCUAGGUAGUGGCUACCUUGGGUCUGAGUCUUGGGGCUGCUGGAGGCGGUGGGGUCCGAGAGAGGGAGCCCAGGGCAGGGUGUGGAGGCCAUCUCAGGGUGUAUGGGCUGGGAGCAGCCAUUCUGGCCUCCACUGUGUUUCUAGAGAAUGAGGGUUCAGAGAGAAAGACUAAAAGGAGGCUGG